AUGAAGGAAAUCAAUAAAGAUAUCCAAUUGACUGCUGGGUCAUUCUUUUUCUUCUUCUUUAUCUUUCUGUCUGUCUAUCUAUCUAUCUAUCUAUUAGUACACUUGUCUUUCCGAAUCUAUCUAUCUAUCUAUCUAUCUAUUAGUACACUUCACACUUGCCUCCUCGCAUCUCUCUCUCUAUCUAUGUAUCUAUCUAUUGUCUCUUUCUAUCUAUCUAUUGUCUCUUCAUAUCUAUCUAUGUAUCUAUUUAUCUAUUUAUUUAUCUGUCUGUCUAUAUCUAUCUAUCUAUCUAUCUAUCUAUCUAUCUAUCUAUCUAUUAAGGAAAUCUCUCUUAUAUCCGGGUUUCUCUUAUAUCCGGGUUACACUGUAUCUAUCUAUAUAUUAAUACACUUGUGUUUUCAUAUCUAUCUAUCUAUCUAUCUAUCUAUCUAUCUAUCUCAGCCUGUUUACAUCUAUCUAUCUAUCUAUCUAUCUAUCUAUCUCAGCCUGUUUACAUCUAUCUAUCUAUCUAUCUAUCUAUCUAUCUAUCUAUCUAUCUAUCAAGCCAUACUUUUCUCUAUUUCAACAGCUCUCUAUGUUUCUCAUUUCUAUAAAUUAAACAUUGCUAACCAAAUACACCUUAUCUAUCUAUCUAUCUAUCUAUCUAUCUGUAAGCAUGAAAUUAACAAUCACCUUACAGAAUUAAUUCUCAUGGCAAUACUAUCUAUCUAUCUAAUGUGGUCUGUUAAUAUCUAUCUAUCUAUCUAUCUAUCUAUCUAUAUAAUGUCGUCUGUUAAUAUCUAUCUAUCUAAUGUGGUCUGA